CACACAUUUCGUCAUACAGAUAGAGAGUGGCCCGUCCGUGCGGGCAAAAUCGCCAGGCGGCAGCACCGAUGAAUGUUCAUACCAAACAAUUUACUGUGUAGUGACAGCACUGUCAAACGUCUAAUUGUUGAAAUCGAAUAACUUGUUAUGUUUACGUAUAUUCCGUGCAAUUAGAAAUCACAGUACGUUUCGAGCAUUUAUCUGGCGAAUAUUCACUGGAGACGCUGGAAAAAAGUUGUAUUACACCUGUGUGAUUGGGCACAAAACCGUAUCCCAUUCGAAUUACCGUGCGAGAAAGUUCAUUUUGUAUGUAUCCGAAUCAAUAUCCGACAUAAAGCAUCAAUAACAACAAUGUCGAAUCCAGAAGUAACACAAGUGAUGUCCUUGCCUUUACCACCGGCACAGUAUUUUAAUUUAUAUACCGAUGAAAAUAUUCGCAAGAAUCGAGCACCAAAGCCACCACAACCAAUCAUCGACACGUAUCAAAUGUUCGGCAAUACAUUCAACAAUGAAGAGAUGAUCCGGUCGCUUGAGUCGCAAGGCAUUCGCCGUCUGAUACCACAACAUUUUGAUCGACGCAAAGAACUUAAGAAGCUAAAUCAUUCACUGUUUGCCAAUUUCCUCGAUUUGAUCGAUUUGCUCAUUCAUUAUCCCGACAGUCCAAAGCGUACGGAGAAAAUCGAAGAUUUGAGUUUGCUAUUUGUGCAUAUACAUCAUUUGCUGAACGAAUUUCGGCCGCAUCAAGCACGUGAAACACUGCGCGUUCUCAUGGAAGUACAGAAACGAACACGAAUCGAGACGGCAAUGCGAUUCCAGAAGCAUUUGGAAAAAGUUCGUGAAUUGGUUCGCAAUGCAUUCGCCCAAUUGCCCGAUAUCACCGAAACCGAAAGUAAAAUAGCCGACAUUAUAGCUGGAAUCAAUGAGCUACCGCCACCAAGCACCAAUGAAACAACCGCCGAACACUGUGACCCCAUGGAUCGAUUAAUGUGCGAUAUUGUUGAUAAUAUGUAGAUGAUCCUUCGACUGUAUAUGAAUGUAGCGGUUAUAUCCGCAUCUUUUUACUCAUAAUAGCAAAUAAACAAAAACGAGUUUUUAAUUAAAAAAAAAUUAUAUCAACAUUUAGACUAA